AUGAAAAUUAUUGUUAAUAUUUUAUUUUCGGCAAUUUCAAAAACUUUUAAUUUGUGAUAAUACGACAGAAACAAAUCAAAGUAUCAGUACAGUGAAGAUGAUGCAGCAUCAAUAUUGGGUUACUAAAAAGACUGUUCUGAAAAAGCUGGGAACUAAAGAAGACGAAUGUAUCGUUUCUUCCGACGCCGAACUGGACGCGAAAUUAGAGUUAUUCCGAUCAAUAUCUGACAGCUGUUUGCAAUUACAACGCGUAUUAGACCAAUACCAAGAGCGAAUAUGUAUUCUGGCUCAAGAAGAAAAUGCUUUGGGGAAAUUUCUCAGAGAUUCUGGAAAAAACGCUGACGCGUCAGGGAAACACAUGAUUUCCGCUGGAAAAGCGAUAUCAUACUGUGGGCAGCAGCGGCUAUCAAUUAGAUCGCCAUUGCUAAGGCUUUAUCAUGAAGUGGAAACAUUUCGAGGUCGAGCUGUGAGUGAUAUGCGAGCUACUGUGUCUGCCAUGGAGAAGGCGAGAUUAGAGUAUCGUGCAGCAUUGAGUUGGAUGAAAUCGACAAGUGCCCAGCUAGACCCUGAUACAGGUCGUGGCCUCGAUAAUUUCCGAAAGGCACAACGUCAAGUACGUGAGAGUAAAAAAAUAUUUGAUAAAUUGACACUUGAUGUACUGCAAAAGAUUGAUCUGUUAGCAGCAGCACGAUGCAACAUGUUUUCACAUGUGUUAUCAAAUUACCAAGCUUCAUUUGUAACAUUUGUUACUAAAGUAUCUCAAACUUUAGAAGCAACAGCAGAUUCUAUGAAUAAUAAUCCACAGUAUGAAUUCUGCAUACUAAAAGAACUUUCACAAAGUUUGGGAGAGAGCGAGACUAAGGAGGUGGUGCCCCAAGAUAAAGAUCAGAUGCUGUUUUUCCAGGAUGAAUAUAAAGACGAGAAACCGAAAAACGUGAACUUAGAUAAGCAACAACUUAAACUUUCCAAUGAAAAACCAUCAACACUUGACAACAAAGAAGGGAUCGCUUCUGUAAAUCUGGUAGAUACAAAUCUAGUAAAUACAGAAACAGAAGAAAAUGUAGGAGGAACACUUUCAGAUUUGGCUGGGUUGCAUCUAGGCUGUGGUGAUGGACAGUCCAACUUUGGUGCUUUUAUGCCGUCUCAACUGUUGCAAGACUUGACUUCUCCAAAUAUUCUGCAAGGACCAUUAGCACCGACCAGCACUAACAAUAACCAACCAAAGAACGCAGAUAACAUAGUGAAACCUAAUUUACCAGAUCCGAAAAAAAGUGAUAAAGAUGCAUGGUUUAAGCUAUUCGCUGAAUUGGAUCCACUUGCUAAUCCUGACAAUUUACCGGGUACAAAUAGCAACCAGAGUCAUGCGGCUUAAAAUCAAUUGUUUAAGAAUUUAAAGGGUGCAUUUUGAACACAUUAUAUUGGCGUGUAUUUUGGAAUCAUGAAUGCUUGAUAAAAUACAUGAGGUUGUUACAAAUUUAUCAUUUCACAUAGAUAAUUGAGUCGACUAUUAUCAAAGCCGGCAAUCUGACUUUUGGACAAUGAUUGGUAAAUCAGAAAAACGAAUUAUUGACUUUGUAUUCCAUUGGCAG